GUUGCAUAAAUGUAGUUAUCUUUUUGAAAAUACCACAAACAUCCGCAAAAUGCUUGAUAAGGCACAAAACUGCAGUAGGAACUAUGAUUACAUAUAGCCAGUAGGCAGUUAGAACGGAAACGAGUAACAUGCAUUUUGUGCAGGUUAUUGAAAGUGCUACAAAUGUGGAAAGCGACACGACUUGCUUAGUGAAGGCUUUACCUGCGACUGUGGCUACAAAUUUGGAGGAAGCUCUCCAGAACUUAAAGAUAAACUUUACCCGGCGACGUCCAGAUCGCAUAGAAGCUGAAACUAGUGGUGAUACGAUUCUAAACAUCUUGGGUGGAGUCGAGUACAAUGUCUACGGACAAUCGAUGGCAAUUGAAGAAUCUAAUAUAGGAGGAAGGACCGUUAGAGUUCAAAAACUCGUUUGGACCAUGGGGAAAACUAGCGUUUGAUGGGCCUGUGGGAAAAACAAACCCAAUGUCGAAUUAAAAUAACUUUAAUUGAAUAAAAUGUAACAUUGAUUAAU